UUUGUGAUUAUGGAGGGAGUAUCGAGGCAGGGUACAUUCGAGGGCCAUAAACGAACAUCCUUAUCUGCGCGCACAAAUUGCGCAUACUCACCAGACGCUUCCAUCCUUCUCGUCGGCAUCAGAGGGACAGGGAGAUCAACACUGGCCCUCGUCGCAUCGACUUCCCUCCGUUUUAACCUCGUCGAUUCAGAAAAGAUCUUUCACGCCAAACAUGGUCAGACAAGAACAGCAUAUGUUGCAGCGCAUGGGAGCGAUGAAUACAGGCGUCAGGAGGUUGAGUUAUUGCGCUCAAUACUCACACAACACCCAAAGCGCGCAGUCAUCAUCUGUGGCUCUGGGUCUGUCGAAGGAUCUGGCCAGGAACUUGUCCGGAAUUUUGCAACAAGUCACCCGGUGAUUUUCAUAUUACGAGACGCAGGCGACAUUUCCAGAUACCUUGGCUCCUGCGAUGAAGAUUUUGUCUCGGAUCUUGUACAUCGCAGCACUCCAACGUUUCGAACUCUUUCAAAUCUGGAGUUCUAUAACCUCUCGGACUCCGCAAUAGCAAUGCAUGGAAAGGACCAAGCUGGUCAGCCAUCGCUCCUCCUCAAGAACGUAGAAAGAGAUUUCUUGCAACUGUGUUCCUCUGCCAGAGAACAUAGACCGGGAGUUUAUACCAACAAAGCUCAACACUCGCUCUCUGCGGUGCCCCUUGAAAGACGAUUCUUUACUUACUGUUUGUCGCUCCCUAUAGAGCUGGCUUUGAAAUUUGCUGAGCAAACAAGAGGGGUAGAUAUCCUGGUAGAUGCUAUUGAACUCACCAUUGACAUUGCUCCUCUGUGUUCAGCCAACAGUCUUAGCCACAGUAUAGCAACGCAGAUAACACGGCAGUACUUUGUCACGCGCCGAUCUUUCCAACUUCCCAUUAUAAUUCACGUUAUAUCAUCUAUGGAAAGAGGCCUGCAGGAUUUGCUGGCCCGCGAAAUUUACCUCGAGGUUGUGGCACACGCGCUGCGUCUCGCUCCAGACUAUCUAACGGUAGACUUUCAUCUCGAUGACGCGGAUAUUAGCCAAGUUCGCUCGGCCAGAGGACAUACCAGAAUCAUCGGUCAUUAUUUGGAAACCUCCCCUUCGUCAAAUUAUUGGUCUAGUCCGCAGAUAUGGUCCCUGUUACAAAGAAUGAGGAGAUCUCAGUGCGACCUCAUCCGGCUUUGUCAAACAGCGACGUCGAGAGCAGACAAUCAGGGUGUCCGAGAGUUCAUCCACUCAGCCAAAUCUUCUGAAAAAACAGAUGCCCCAAUCAUCGCGUACAACACUGGCCGUCACGGUCGGCAGUCAUGCUAUCUCAACCAAAUAUUGACACCCGUCACACAUCCACUUCUGCGCAACCCUGCACAGAUUGGUGGAGAUGAUCGGAGCUGGCUUCUUACAAUACAGGAGAGCCAGAGUGCCCUAUACUCGUCAUACACGUUCGAACCCCAGUUUUUCGGCAUACUAGGCGCAGAUGUACUUGCUAGUCUUUCCCCGGCCAUGCACAACUGCGCAUUCGAGUCCUUUCAGUUGCCCCACAAAUACUCGACAUUACAAUGUUCUUCGUUGAAGGACCUUAAGACUCUAGUUCACGACACCAGGUUCGGAGGCGCAAGCAUCACAUCCCCGUUCAAACAGGAGAUAAUCCCAGUCCUUGAUCAUCUGAGCCAGUCUGCACGUGCUAUAGGCGCGGUCAACACUCUCAUCCCUCUGAGGUCGAACGGCCUUGAUGGUUUACUUGCGCGGAAUGAGACAGGUCCAGCAGUGGCCCUGUAUGGUGAUAACACCGAUUGGAUAGGGAUCUACAACUGUGUUCGACGACACUUAUCCCCAGUGAAUGCAAUUAGAACCAACACAACCGCACUCGUGAUUGGCGCUGGUGGUAUGGCACACGCAUGUGUCUACAGCAUGAUUCGGCUUGGAAUUCGGGCAGUUUUCGUCUGCAAUCGCACCGAGAAAAGGGCUCAGGAGCUUGCAUGCAGGUUCAACGGAAAGACUUACUCUAUCGACCACAACAACGUAGAUAACCUUAUAGCUGGAGCUGCCCCUGAUGCCCCUAUGUGUGGUCCAGCUGAUGUCAGAGUUCUUCCGCCCACUCACAGCCCAUGGCCGACAGGCUUCGCUCCACCAACAGUCAUCGUAUCCUGUGUUCGUUCGGCAGCUCCAGAUGGCCCCGAAGAUCUGGAUGUUCCGGAUGAAUGGCUUGCGAACCAAACUGGUGGGGUACUGAUUGAGCUUUCUUACGAUUCUCUCGAGACGAAAUUCAUUAGAAAAGCUCGGACUUUCUCAAGUCGCGGUUGGAUCACGGUUCAUGGACUUCAAGUGCUCCCAGAGCAAGGCAUUGCGCAAUUCGAAUUAUUCACAGGGCGUCGAGCACCGGAGAAUGUGAUGCGGGCGCAAAUGACUCAGAGAUAUACCCAGUUAGCAUAG